GGAUAUUAUGUAUUCAUAUGUGUUCGUGGCUGUGAUUUUGGGGAUCAUAGGAAUAACAAUUGCACUACCUGCGUUACUACCUGAACCGGGCGAGAACGAAGUAUCGACAUAUGACUUUCCAUUCGUAAAUCGAUAUCAAUGGGGGGCGAGACCAGCUAAAGAAAAGACAUUACUUCAAACCCCAGUGCCGUACGUCGUUAUACACCAUUCAUACAAACCUGCCGCGUGCUAUGACACAGUACAAUGCAAGAAAGCCAUGCAAAGUAUGCAAAACUUCCACAUGGAUGACAGAGGGUGGUGGGAUAUUGGGUACAAUUUUGCUGUUGGCAGCGACGGAGCAGUGUACGAAGGUCGGGGCUGGACUGUGCUGGGUGCGCACGCGCUGCAUUUCAAUACCGUCAGCCUUGGCAUCUGCUUGAUCGGCGACUGGACUACCGCACUACCACCUAAUCAGCAAAUAAAAACGGCAAAGGCUCUGAUCGAUGCUGGCGUCGACCUCGGAUACAUCAAACCCAACUAUAAAUUAGUGGGUCACAGACAAGUCCGAGAUACAGAAUGUCCUGGGGAUACAUUGUACAAUAACAUAAAGUCGUGGCAGCACUACGUCCCCUUCCCUGCCACCUACCGGGAUCUUUUGCACGUAAAAGAACUCCCCAAAGAAAUAAAGGAUAAGCUGAUUUUGGGGAAUAGUACUCAUAUAGAAGCUUAUUUAUAAAAAUAUUA